CACGGUUUUCUUCUUGCCACGAUUAGGAUGUUAUCGACGAACGACGAGAAAGACGUCAGAAAGACAUCAAGAGGAUCAAGAUCGAAACCGAUCUGGAGAAUCUUUGCUCGGUGGUGAUGGAAGAAGCGAAGGAUUUCGAUUACGAGGAAGAGAAGCCGCUCGGCUCGAGGAGACGAAGGGCCACCGCCGCCCUUCGAGACAUCGAGAGGCACACGUGCUCUAGAUGCUCCAAGAGUUACAUACACGCGUGGCAUUUGAAAAGGCACACCAAGUUCGAGUGUGGACAAGAGCCGAGAGUUCAGUGCCCCUAUUGUGCCGCGCGAAUGAAACAACGCGGUCACGUUUACAGACACAUUCGUCAGUGCCAUCGUGGUCAGAACGUGUUCGCGUCGAAGCGCGUUGUUUAACCUCGGGGCGGAUGUGACGCGUCGACGCGCAAGGAUCCACGGAGUGACGGGAAAUCUCUGCUCGAGAUUAAACGAUCGUUCAUCAUCGUUCCGGGGAAGGUCGAAUUUCUGUCCAAAGUGUUCCGUAAAGUUCGAUCGUUUGACCGAUCUUCGUACGCAUAUGAUCCGAGUGUGUGGAUUCGAGUCGAAGAAGAUGUGUCCCUACUGCGAUACCGUCGUGGGGAAUACCGUCGACCAGAUUUACCGGCACAUCGAACAUCGUCACCCAAGCCUGCGCCCUGCGGUGCUCGAAGUGUAUAACGUGGACGGAAAUUGAGUGGUUUACCGUUCUUUUCGAGACUGCCACCGGCAAUUUUAUUUUCGUACCUUGAUCUUCUUUGUACGUCGAUAAAUUUUCCUGUUGUUUCUCGGUAGAGAUAGUCGAUAAGACGGAGAAGUAACGAGGGAAAAAAAGAAAAAAAAAAGAAAAAAAGAAAAAAAAAAGAAAAAGAAAAAUA